UGCAUGAGAAGGCGCCUAUAUUCCCUGUCAUCUCCGUUACACCUGAUUGGACUGGAUUGGUCACUCGAAGCUAUUCAGAGCAAUUCGUAGCUGUCAAACUGUCAAACUGUAUGUUUUGUUUUCGUUUAUAACGUGGAGGUUUUCUGAAUAAGGAUUUACAGAAGUAAUUGGAAGGAACCUUGGAAAAAUGCAUAAUGGACUGUGAAUAUGGGUUGAAGUAAAAUCCUUAUAACCCUUGAGAUACGCAUUUCUCGUCGAGAUUUUUCAAUAAAAUCACUUACAUAUAACGAAGAAGCUCUUCGGGUUGCUAAUACAAGCACGGUAACAUGAAGAUUCAUCAUUAAAACAGAAUGAAUGUCAUCAAAUAGAGAUAGACUUUAUUGAAGUUGAGUCGAAAUUUUGUCAAAGUUUCUUCAGUGUUAUGUACAUAUUACUGCUCAGCUAGGCGGUAAUAUUCAACAUCCAGAAUAUGCUUAUCCUCAAGGUUGGCUGUACAAUGAGUAUCCUUAUAGCACUGUUGCAUUGGUAUGACAUGGCAUGGUGCUCAAUCUAUGGAUCUAUCACAAUUUGGUGCUGUUUAUUAGGCCCUUUAUUAGUUAUUUUGAUCCAUAUAGCCUUAUCUCCACGGCAUCAAACAGGAUUGGGCAUUGGCAAGACCGUGGCUGAAAUGGAUGCUUUCCGAAAUAUGCUUAUGUAUAUCGUAUUACAGAAGGGAUAUGAACCAAAGCUCUCUGCUAACCUAAAGCAGAUUCGUUAUCCUGUAGUCUUUACCAGACUCGUGGAUGGAGCUUUGCAGAACCUCUUGGAUUUGGCCUUUAGAGAUUUUGUGGGUUCUUGGUUGCGUGAGCUAGCACUUGGAUCGGACUCAAUAACAGAUUGCAUGAAGCAAGAUGUUUGGGGAGCCAUCCAAAGCUUCCAUGAUCGUUUAUUUCGAGUGGAUCACACAAAACUUGUUGCAUGUAGCAUCGUUAACAAAGUUACAUUUCAUUUCGAGAAAAUUAGAAUUGCUCAAGCUGCUGCGUCAGAGGGUGAGGAUCCAAUAUUUAUUUUAUCAGCCCAUCUGAUGUCACAUACCGCGGAAUUGGAAUACCUGAGAAAAGUGAGCGAGGUGUGCAUUAUGUUUUUUCUGCCUCGCAGCUAUUCUCUUUCUCCAGCAAAAUUUCUUUUAAGAGAAGUAAUAACAUAUAAAAUAUUAAAGCCGGCGAUAGACAUGAUAACGGACCCCGACUACAUCAACCAAAAGAUCCUAAUGUACAUUGAGCAGCAACAGAUGGCUGAGGCGAUGCACAGGAAAACAUAUGAAUACGCUGAGUCCUUCGAGGAUUUUAUACGUAUGAUAAAAAGCUCAAAGGACCUAGAGGUUCUCAAACAUAUAAGAUACAACAUAGUCACGGAAAUAAUGCAAGCGACUACUGUUCAGAACGUCAAGAGAGCACAGGGUUUGGAUGCCGAGAAUAAUACUUUUGGAAAGUCGGACGCUGUGCAAGCGAGAAAGCUCAAAAGAUACAUAAGCCAAUUGACCUACGCAAAGAACACUUGCGAGUGUCACAUGCAGAGUCUUGGUUGGGACGGAUAUCCCAUACAAGAGAGCGACAUCUCUAAUCCAACGGCGAUCGCUGAAGGGAGAGUGCUCCCGCUCCAGACAAUCCUUGACAAUGUCAUCGGCCGCAGAUACCUUUCUCAAUUUCUCGAACAGGUUGCCAGCCAAGGACUGAUCGGUUAUUGGGCGGCCGUUCAGGAACUUCGAGCCGCUGAGAGGUCCAACUGGCAUCAGCUGGGUGCUGAGAUAUUCUAUACGUAUAUCAGAUCGCCCACGGCCGAGAUUAAGGUCGACAAGAAUGUGCGCAAGAGAAUGGAAAGUUUCCUACUGGGCGAUAAAGGACCCGAUGUCUUUUACGAGGUUCAAGAGAAUGUCGUAAAAACACUCGAAGAAAAGUACUAUCCGUCUUUUUUGGUGAGCGAGCAGUAUAAGAAGAUGCAGGAGGCUCUGCUGAACGAGAGAGCGGAUGGAUUGAUGGAAGAUCGGCAGAUGGUCGACGGAACAAUAUCCGAUUCAUCCUCGUUACUGGUCGGUGAACAUUCCAACUACGCGCGCAGUAAGCUGGAUCAGCUUCAAGAGAAGCUUAACAAUAAGAUGCAAGCUCUUCAAGCGCUACGGUCCUCCCUUAAGCCGGAGAGUCGUGUCCUCAGCAUCCUCGCCAAGGAAGUCGAAUGGCUCCAGGGCGAAAGACGGCAGUUGGAGGCUCAUUUGACUCACACGGAAAUGUGGGCUGAACAUUUGGGACACUGGCGCGCUGAUGUGCAAAGCGCUGAGACGCCUGAGAAUGGGGAACCACCGCAGUUUGUACUCGUGGUGCACAUGGCGGAGGACGAGGCCAACGAGGAGAGUAUAUCCACGGGAUGGGUGGUUUUGAGAAAGCUUCCAGAAUUUCAGGAACUUCAUAGGAAAUUACGGCAACUCUGUGCGAAUGUAAAAACUCUCGAGCUGCCGUCGCAACCACUUAAAUUUUUCGGUAAAUCCGACAAAAAUACUCUCGACAAAGCCCGAAUGCAGAUUCAAAAAUAUUUAACCUUCGUCCUCGAAGAUGAACGAUUGAAUCAGAGUGAAGCGCUCUAUGCAUUCCUCAGCCCCAGCUCGGAACAUUUAAAACACACGGCACCUUCGCCGAAGAAAUCACGUUUCUCAUUAUCGACACUCUUCAAAUCGGGAUCCAGUGGCAGUGGAGAAUCUCGUGAAAAGGAAGAAGAGGAGGAUUAUUCGCUUCUUCUCGACGACGGAGAAUCCGGAAGAACGUCAACAGACGGUUGCUUUGGUUCAGGAAAGGAUGCGAUUGCAGAACCACUUUACGCUCUCCUAGGGGAAGUUUUUGAUCUGCGAGGAGUUUUUCGGUGGCUUAGAAAAUCGCUCAUAACCUUCGUUCAAAUUACCUACGGUCGCACAAUUAACAGACAAGUCAGAGACACCGUUACUUGGGUAUUCUCUGAGCCGAUGCUACAUUACUAUAUCCAAUUGUUUACAAAGUCUUGGUGGCCCAACGGGCAGCUUGCCUCGGAGGCUCAGAUGCGCACCGAUGAAGAGAAGUUGAAAACACGAGGUGAAGCACGCAGGCAAUUCUUGACUAACGUACCUGAAGUCCUAACGAAUCUUGUCGGAGCACAGAGCGCUCAGCGCGGUGCCACCAAAGUCUUUGAUACACUGCAAAACGUAAACCUCAACAAGCAACUUUUUUAUGACAUCUUUGAAGUGUUGAUGUACGAAGUCUUUCCAGAGUUGCAUCACAAAUAGAAGGAUGACUAAGAACGAAAUAAAGGUCUGAUGCGAAUGAAUAAGAUAUUGACGUUGGAAUGAAUUGUCUCACUGAAAAAUCUACGUGAUCUUUAGAAGAGGCUAAAAUGAAGCAGGCCAGGCAUGCGAAUUUGGGCCAUUCGAAAUUUGGCUAUUGUACAUUUGCUGAAAUCGCUUAAACUGUCAUUCGCAGUACGUAUUUUAAUGAAUCGUCUAACAUGAAAAAUAAGUAAAUGACUUGUUGGUAGACAAUGCUGACUAUAUCGUAAUUGAAAUCUGUAUUAAGCACAAACAAUUAUUGUCCCAUGGGACAUAGAUAAUAGAUGAAGAUAACAAAUAAACAGCAAAGAAACCGAG